UUUAAGGAAUGGCUUGAUGAUAAAAUUAUUGUACAACAAUUGGUUAAAUUAUUAACACUAACAAAUGUCAAUGAAAGACAUACAAAUUCAUCUGAAUUAUUUGCUAAUAUUAUUAAAUUAUCAAGAGACAACAAACUAUCAAUUGUUGAUCGAAUUGAACCUGGAAGAAAAUGUAUUUCUAUUGUUAGAUACAAUAUUGGCUGAACCACAAACUGAAUCAAGUAUUGUUAGAAGAAUACAAGUUCUUCUUGUUCUUCUUGGUCAAGAAACAACAAGUCAACAAACAUGUGACAUGCAAGGUAAUAAUUCUGGUGAAAAAGAUACAAAAUGCAACUUCACAGUACCUGGAAAAAUUAAAUAAAUUACUAUUAGUACCACCACCAAAACCAUCAGUAAAACAACUGCUUAUUUUUUAGAGUGUUCGCUGGGUCUUCAUGUUGCCAGAUUAUUCACAGCCUUAUUAUCUAAUGAAAAUUUUAAUGUAUACAAAAAAUUACAACAGUUUAAUACACUUAAAAUGUUAUUGGAUUUUUAAAAGACCAGUAUUGGUAGAACAAUAAGAAAAAGUUGGAGAAAUAUUUC